CGGGAGUUCGGGACAAUCUCGGCUGAUUUAGCUAUCAUUAUCAAUCCCGGGAGCGGAAAAAUAAAAAACAGAUAUAUGGAAAGGGCCACGAAAAGCAAAGCCUAAGGUCGGAAAGGUGGACAAAGAUGCCCACCAAAUGGGACCAGGCCCAAAUCGAACAAACCUUUACUACCGCCAUUCGCUGAUCAGAAAUUCAGAAUCCGGCGGGUGAAAGCAACGAGAAUGCGGGACGUCGAGGAAAAGAACGGCGACGAGAAGAUUCCAUCUCCAUCUUCACGGGAGUCGAAUGGCGGCCAUUGCCCUAUCUGCUUGGGUUCUUUCAUCCAAGAGUCCUACCUCGAUACCUGUUUCCACAAGUUCUGUUUCAAAUGCAUUCUGCAGUGGUCUAAAGUAGUUGCCGGAAAGCAUUCUGGAGUCCAGUCCUCAGUGAAAUGCCCUUUAUGCAAGGAAGAAGAUGUUGACAUCAUUGUCCAUCAUAUACUUGGCGUGAUUGAUUCUUCCUUGAGAAGAGAUGAUUUACUCAACCAAAAGAAACCGCCAGUGGUUAAGCAGCAGGAGUUCAGGGAUCUCAUGUCAGAAACAGUCAGACCUUUCGUGACAGCCCGAGCCGAGCGAUUUGUAGAUGAAUUAGAGCUCUUUCUUGCAUCAGGUUUCAACCUGAAAGGCUACGAUGAAGUCUACACAGAGCAGUUGGGUUGGAAGGUUCCUGGAAUCCGCAGGAUUGUUAGAGAAGAAGAAGAAGAACAGGAAUCAGAUGAUGAGCACCCACCAACUGUACUUCCAUUGCUGUACAUUUCAGAUGAGGAUCCUGAUGUCUGA